GACGGCUAUCUCCAUGUGAAACGCCUACUAGCCUGCCGAGCCUGCUCUCUUGGUUCUUCUUGGAUUUGGCAUUCUUAUAGCGUUGCCUACGGACUUCUCCACGUUUGCAGCCUCGGCCUCGAACUAGUAUUCGCGACUACACCAACAUAUAAGGAUCCUCGUCGAGCCCAUCAGCAUCAGAUCCGCAACCGGUCUGUACCUUGCGAGACUACGGACCGUUACACACGACACCCACCAAACAACCCCUCCUCGACCUCAAAAUGGCCGCUCCAGCAGAAGUCAAUGUUCACAACAUUGCUGGGUCGUUCGACCUGAACAAGAACAUCUCCGACAGCACCUCUUCUAUGCUGAAGAUGCAGGGCGUCGGCUUCAUCGUCCGCCAGGCUGCCAACUACAGCGCCAUUCAGGUCAACCUCACCCAAUACAAGGGCGACGACGGAUUACUUCAUCUCGAUCAGGAGCAGAUUUCUACUGGAAACGUCAAGCAGCUCGAGCCAAGAAUCUUGGAUGGCGAGUUCCGUGAGCGUGACAUCCAGUACUGGGGCAAGGUCAAUGGCUGGAACAAGUAUGCCAAGCUCUCCGAUGUCACCCAGGAUGCCUUCUUGACUGAGGGCUGGGACCAGGAGUGCAUUGAUGGCGACAUCAUCCUCAGCCACACCGAGUCCGUGGGCAACGGCUGGGUUGCUACCCAAGUUUGGGGUUUCGCCACCGUCGAUGGUGUUCGCCGCCAUGUGCGCCGCAUCUAUUCUUCCAAGGGCAAGGAGGAGCACCGCAUUCGUCUUGCAUACGACUACAAGGGCCCAGUUCCAGCUGAGUCCUAGAUAUGAGAUACGAGGAUACGAAGUCAUGAGACGAGAGAAGAUGCGCGUAAUCAGCAGUUAGUAAACAAGCUGGUUAGACGAAGCUAGAAUUACAUAUCGUGAUCUACGAGACACAGA